UAGGGCUCUGUAACUACCUCCUCCAUCUCAGCGACCACCCACCAUGUCCGUCACACUCAAUACCACGCACGGCGAUGUGAAGCUCGAACUCUUCUGCCAGGCGUGUCCGAAAACCACCUACAACUUCCUCGCCCUCUGUGCCAGCGGAGGCUACAAUGACUCUCCCUUCCACCGACUCAUCCCCAACUUCAUGAUUCAAGGCGGCUCUCCCAGUACAGGGACGACAAAAGAGAGCAAUUCCGUCUACGGAGGCAUGUUUGAAGAUGAGAUCAAGUCUUCGUUGAGACAUCACGCGAGGGGAAUCUUGAGCAUGGCGAACAAGGGACCGGCGACGAAUGGGAGUCAGUUCUUCAUCACGUUGGCUGCGGCACCGCAUUUGGAUGGGAAGAACACGGCGUUUGGCAGGGUGUUGGAGGGUUGGGAUGUGCUGGAUAAGAUGGAGGAGGUCAAGGUGGACAAGAAGAAUCGGCCGCAGGAGGCGAUCAAGAUUCGGAGCGUGAGGAUACAUGCGAACCCGUUGGCGGAUGAGAGAUGAGACGGAAGGG